GGGGCGGGAGUGGUCGGAGCGCGGCGGGCGUCGGGGCCGGGCGGAGCUCUGUGCGCAGCGCGGCUGGGGCAGAGGCAGCGCAGCAGCAGCAGCCGCGAGCAGAGGGACAGCCCGGCGCCAUGAAGUUCCAGUACAAGGAAGACCACCCGUUCGAGUACAGGAAAAAAGAAGGGGAGAAGAUCAGGAAGAAAUACCCCGACAGAGUCCCCGUAAUCGUGGAAAAAGCACCCAAAGCCAGAGUACCUGACUUAGACAAAAGAAAGUAUCUCGUGCCUUCUGACCUCACAGUUGGUCAAUUCUACUUCUUAAUCCGAAAGCGGAUCCACCUGAGGCCAGAAGAUGCUUUGUUCUUCUUCGUCAAUAACACCAUCCCUCCCACCAGUGCUACCAUGGGCCAGCUGUAUGAGGAUAACCACGAGGAGGACUAUUUUCUCUAUGUGGCCUACAGCGAUGAAAGCGUCUAUGGCAAGAAGCUCUGAAUAUUCUGAAGCAGAGGACAGACCCAGGAGGCUUUCUAGGAUAAAAGAGAAGACACAGGCAGAUGGUGUGCAUCUCUGCUGCUGUCCCACUUGUUCAUGCCAAGCACGUGGUUAAGCACACUCAGGGGAGAAAGAGUUGGCAUCUGGGGUGCUUAGUUUUGUGUUCAGUCCUCCCCUCCCACUGCUGGGUUUAAAUGACACGUGGGACUAAUCACAACUGUUUGUUAAGUGUAGAGUUUACGAUUUAAUUUAGUUCUUUUACAGUUCUUUCAACCGAAUUGUGGCAUUUCUGGUUUUGUGCUAGUAUUGUACAAGGUAAUGAUGGUAAUUUUUUUGUGUUGGUUAGCUGCAGGUUCUUGUAAAAUAAAGUUCAGACUAGAGCUUAAUCAACUUAUCAAUAAAGAUGCAUUUGAAAAUCA